AUGCCAGGUUAUGACUAUAUGGACGACGAUUGGCGGCGAUUAGGGGUAUGGGGACGAUAUCAAUGCAUUCAGAUAGUUCUUCAGUUAACUACGGUGAUAUCUGAGGCUUUGCAUCUAAUGGUUAUAGUCUUCAUAGGAUAUCGUCCAUCGUAUCGGUGUGCCGACCUUGUGAAUACAACCAUAUACGACAUCCCGUCCAAUGUCAGUUUUACACAUCUGUACCAGACAUGUCACAUCGAUGUCACAAUGAAUAACACAAACACGACUCUGAUGACCUUGUCACCAUGUCCUGAAGGAUAUACGUACGAUUUGGAGAAGACUCGAACGUUUGUUACAGAGUGGGAUCUUGUCUGUGAUGGCGCGGAAAGAGCAGAGGUGUCUCAGAUGUUGAUGCUGGUUGGACAGAUGGUAGGUGCGGCCUUCUUACCACAAUUAUCCGAUAAAUAUGGACGGAAGGUGAUUUUGGUCACCUCACAGAUCGUUCUGUUUGCCUCCGGAAUCGGCGCGUCUCUUCUCCCCAGUUUUACAUACUACAUCAUUAUGCGGUUUAUCUGUGGAUUGGCACAUCAGAUGAAAUAA